GCAAAACUCAUCGAGUACCACGAAUUCUUUCCGCCUCCCGCCCUCAACAGCCUUAAAUGCAAGCACAGUCAUAGCAAUAAGGUGGCUUCGGAGGUUCAGCAGUGUGGUUGUCAAUCACGAGUCUUGCGCUUGCAAUAACACACUCACCCGCACUGCUCCUUGACCAGAGUCUGAGGUCAUGUCGCCUUCUCUCAACGAUGCGGCUGUCCCUGCUGCUGCUGCCCCGGGCCCAGCUCCGGCCCCUGUCAAGUACCUCUGGCUUCGCGAUACCGUUUCACAGCCCGUUAUUGCUGCCUUCUGCGCUGGCGGUGCUGCUGGUGCCGUCUCUCGAACCGUCGUCUCCCCUCUCGAGCGCCUCAAGAUCCUGUUCCAGGUUCAGAGCGUAGGACGAGAUGCCUACAAGCUGUCCGUAGGCCAAGGUCUAGCCAAGAUGUGGAGGGAAGAAGGCUGGAGAGGCUUCAUGGCAGGCAAUGGCACCAACUGUGUGCGCAUUGUGCCGUACUCUGCUGUUCAGUUCGGCAGUUACAACUUUUACAAGCGGAACUUCUUUGAAAAGACCCCUGGUGCAGACCUCUCUCCUCUCGCCCGUCUGACGUGUGGUGGUAUCGCUGGUAUCACUUCCGUCUUCUGCACAUACCCCCUCGACAUUGUUCGCACUCGACUGUCCAUCCAGACUGCUUCCUUUGCGGAGCUGGGUCCCAGGGCCGAGAAACUCCCGGGCAUGUGGACUGUCAUGGCCACCAUGUACAAGACGGAGGGCGGUGUCUCUGCCCUGUACCGUGGCAUCAUCCCCACUGUCGCUGGUGUUGCCCCCUACGUCGGCCUCAACUUCAUGGUCUACGAGUAUGUUCGCAAAUACCUGACCCCUGAGGGUGACAAGAACCCCAGUGCUGUCAGGAAGCUUCUUGCUGGUGCCAUCUCUGGAGCUGUCGCUCAGACGUGCACUUAUCCCUUCGACGUCCUUCGCCGAAGAUUCCAGAUCAACACCAUGACGGGCAUGGGCUACCAGUACAAGGGCAUUACUGACGCUAUCCGGGUUAUCGUUGCCCAGGAGGGCAUCAAGGGCCUGUACAAGGGCAUCGUCCCUAACCUCCUCAAGGUUGCGCCAAGUAUGGCAUCCAGCUGGCUCAGCUUUGAGCUGACACGCGAUUUCUUGGUCUCCCUUAAGCCUGAGGGCGACGGUGAGGCUGCCCUCUGAGACGAGAUG